AUUCUUCUUGAUCCUGCUAUACUAUGUCUGACGAAGUUAUUGAAAAAAACGAACCUGUCGUCACUUCUCACAAGAAGGAGUCUGCUGAUGACUCGCAUGCCAAGUUGACUCUUUUUGUUCGUGGUCUUCCUUUUGAAGCAACGAGCAAAGAUCUCGAAGGCUUUUUCGGUGAUAUUGGUCCUAUCCGUAAAUGCUUUGUUGUGACUGACAAGUCCAGCGAAGAAGGCAGUACUCCCAAAAAUAAGGGCUUUGGUUAUGUGCAUUAUGCUCUAGAAGAAGAUGCUCUUGCAGCUACUGAGAAACUUAAAAACGUCAAGUUCAAGGGUAGAAAGUUGAAGAUUGAAUUCGCCAAACGAAAGUCAGAAACUGUACGUGAAGACAUCAAGAAGAAAGAACCCGUCGAAGUCAAGAAACAACCAGCAGAACCUUUGGAGUUUGAUGUCAAUGCUCGUCUCAUUGUGCGUAACUUGCCUUGGAAAUACAGAGAGUCUGAUUUGAGAAAGUUGUUUGAAAAAUACGGCAAAGUACAUGAUGUUAAAUUACCUCGUAAAUAUGAAGGUGGACCUCUUCGUGGUUUUGCUUUUAUUCAAUUUGGAAGUGUAGAAGAGGGUAAGACGGCUAUGGAUAAACUCAAUGCCACUGAACACCAUGGUAGAACAAUUGCUGUAGAUUGGUCUAUUCCAAAGACACAAUAUCGUCAAAUUGAAGAGAAUGAGGCUACUGAAGCACAACCUGAAACUGUCGAAAAUGAAGAUACAGAGAUGAAGGAAGCUGAAGAAGGCAACUCAGAUAAUGAUGAAGAUAUGGAAGAAGAAAAGUCUGAAGAUGUUGAAGCUUCUGAUAAUGAAUCAGAAGAAGAAGACAGUGACGACAGUGACGACAGUGAUGAUAGCGACGACAGUGACGAAGAAGAAGAACAAGAAGAAGAAGAAGAAGAAAGUAAAGAAGUGGAUGAAAAACAAGUCGAAACCAAAAAACCAGUUAAAAAGGCUGGUCCUUCGAUUGCUGAUGGCACUACCUUGUUUAUUCGCAACCUUUUAUUCGAAAGUACAGAAGAAGAUUUGAAGCAAUUAUUUAAACAAUGGGGCCCUGUUGUUUAUGCUAAAAUCACAAGAGAUCCAGUUACCAAGCUUUCUCGCGGUACAGGGUUCGUUUGUAUGCGCAAAAAGGAAGAUGUGGACACUAUUCUGGAAGCAGCUGAAGCAUUGCGUACACUUUCACAAAAAGACGAAAACAACGAUACUGAAGCCAUGAACCAAUUGCUUUCUAAGCGUGAAAAGAAGAAGAAGGGUUUGAUGUACAAGAGUAUCAUUACACCUGAAUCUACUUCUGGUGAAGGUGCCAAAUUCACGCUUCAUGGCCGUGUCUUGGAUGUCACUUUGGCUGUGGAUCGUGAACAAGCCAAACAAAUCAAGGACAGUAACUUGUCACAGAAACGCAAAGAAGAUAAGCGUAAUCUGUACUUGAUGCGUGAAGGUGUCGUAUUCCCCGAUAGUCCUGCAGCUGCUACCAUGACACCAUCCGAACUUUCUAAGCGUCAAAUGUCAUUCUCGAGCCGUAAGAAGCUUAUCAGCAACAACCCUUCUUUGUUUAUAUCCAAAACUCGUCUCUCCAUUCGUAAUUUGCCUAUCAAGGUGAAUGAUGCAGAAUUAAGACAGCUUGGUAUCAGCAGUAUCUCUAAAUUUAAGAAUCAAGUCAAGGCUGGCCAACGUACUGACUUGUCUAAGGAAGAAAAAGAAGAAGGAUGGCAAUAUCUGCCUCGUGUCAAACAAGCCAAGAUCAUUCGCAGUAAAGAUCGUAUUGAUUCCAGCACAAAUGAGUUGCGUUCAAAGGGUUAUGGUUUCUUGGAAUUUACUACGCAUGCACAUGCUUUAGCGGCACUAAGAUAUCUUAAUAAUAAUCCUGAUCUUUUUGAUGGCAAGCGACUCAUUGUGGAAUUCUCUUUAGAAAACAAAGAGGUGAUUGAACGAAGACAACAAAGAACCUCCGAGAAAAAUACGGAUAGCAAGACACCUCAAGGCACAAAGAGAAAUUUCAAAGAUAACGACAAGAAACCUCAAGGCACAAAUAGAAACUUUAGAGAUAAGAAAGAGAACAAUGGACAAAGACGACAGAAACCGUUUGAAAAGAAGAAUGAUAACAAGAAGCUUCAAGGCACAAAGAGAAAAUUUAGAGAUAAUGACAAUAACCAAAAGAAAAGAAAGACACAAAAGUCCUCUUCAUCAUAAUAAAAAAAAAGAACUUUUUACUAGAAA